UGGCUAAUAAGCGCUUUAGUCGUUUAAAAGCGCAGAGGCAAGUGUCAGGCGAGUGUUCCUUAUAUGGGUGAGGUCCAGCAGUGUGAGGGAGUACGAUGUGAGCGGCCCCCAUCCUUCCAUCUGGACGCAAGCUGUAGCUGCGACAGGCUGAUCAUGAGACGCAGGAAGAUCGCAGUGGCGGCUGGCUUCUGUCUGUCCUUCUUUAUCGCCACUUUGCUCAACUUGCUCUGCGCUCCCGGCUUCGAUCACCAUCAGCAGCAUCCGCGACUCCAGGAUGGGACCGACGCGUCUUUGCGCGCAAUUGCGCCGGAUUUGCUCCAGCAGCUGCGGGAAAGGUACGCGGAGGUUCUGCGCUACAGGCAGCACCGGGUUACCCCUCCGACCUCAGCCUCGGCCAGGCUGCUCCGACCCUUGGAGAGACGCUUAAUGGACCUGCAGAAAUGGGACUACGACAAGGUGCCCGGGUCGGACAGCGACACCUUAUCCCUAUCGCAGCCAGGCUCAAAAAUAGACGUGUCACUGCGCUCACCCCGGCUGGGCUGCCAGGACAUCAGGAAUGGCACCGAUGUGCGCUACUUGGGCUCCGGUUACACCAAAGCGGUCUAUAAAUCGCUGCUGAAUGGCAGCCUGUCAGUGGCGAUGAAAUCGGUCGAUUUUGGGGGGCACGACAUCCAGAAUUGCGUCAGGCACUAUGGGACCCUAGAGGACUGCUACAGGCUGGCUGCCUUCAAGAUCGUCAAAGAAAUGAUCUUACUGCAAAGGCUUCAGCACCCCAAUAUAUUGCAGCUUUAUGGUUAUUGUUACCAGGACAGCAAUGAUAUUUCAGAUACACUGACCACUAUCACUGAACUGGGUUCCCCAUUGGAGAUGAUUCAGCUGUUACAGUCCCCUUGGGAGGACAGAUUUCGAAUAUGCCUGAGCUUAGUUCGCCUUCUGCAUUACCUGGCGCAUUCUCCCCUCGGCUCCAUUACGCUGCUGGAUUUUCGGCCUCGCCAGUUUGUGGUUGUUGACGGCGAACUAAAAGUCACCGACCUAGACGAUGCAAGCAUGGAAGAGACCCCUUGUUUCAGCCACAGUGACUGCUUUUUGGAGUUCCCGGCAAGAAAUUUUACCCUUCAGUGCUCGGUGGAGGGCAAAUGUCAAAAUAUGAACGAGAAGCGGAACCUCUACAACGCCUACAGGUUUUUUUUCACGUAUCUUCUGCCACACAGCGCGCCAUCUUCCCUGCGGCCACUUCUGGAUACUAUAGUCAACGCGACAGGUGAAUUGCGGUGGGGUGUCGACGAGGCUCUCGUCCAGCUGGAAAAAGUGUUUUACCUCUAUCGGAACGGAUUAUACCUGCCAAACAUUACAGAUACUCCUAAAGGGGAAUACAGAGAAGUGGCCCAUACGGUUGUUGCAGAAGAGGAUUAUAGAUGCUGGCCAUCCUAUCACCACAGUGGAUGUCUUCUCUCAGUUUUUGAUUUAAACGAAGCCAAAGAUGUGUGCAGCAGCCAUUCACAGUGUCAGGCCUUUGUCUGGACAAAUCAGACAACUUGGACAGGUCGACAGCUUGUCUUCUUCAAAACUGGUUCACGAACACUUGUUUCAGAUCCCGACAAGACGACGUACGUGAAGCUGACAGACUGAGGCACAGGAAGGCGCUGUGUGGCUUUAUUUGGUGGAAAAAUGCACUAAUAUUCAUUCUAAUUAUUAGAGUGCUUUAAUUCGUACAAUUUACCUGAAUUGCCAGGAUGAAUGUGCAAUAAUUGAGAACAUUGUAACAAUGCUUAAGACGAUAAUGUGAUACACUGUUGGAAAUAAGGAUGAGAGACUGGGUUCAAAGCAUCCAGAGAAUUUCUGUCUUGAGGUUUAAGCAAGAAGAAGAGCUUGGAGCUCAUAAAAGCGUCAGCCUUUACAAAAUGAUUACCUAAUGGUGAUGUGAUCUAAUGUUUUUCUCCUUACGUGAGCGAGAAAGCAGCCAGCAUUGAUUUGACAUGCCUAUUAAGGUUCAGUUCUACGGUCGUAAUUAUGGAACAUCUUCAAGAUGUUACUGUACUUCUUAUGCAUUUUUCUUGAUCUCAGAGGACCCCUCUGCAGAUGUUCUUCAAAAGUUUUAGACUUGGUGGCUUCAAGCCCCUGUUGAGUUUCAUCAUGUGAUCAGGUCCUCCUUAAUGAAUUCCAGGGACCCAGAUAGAUGAAAUGAUGGUUGACACCAACGAUGGCAUAGCUUAUUUCUCAAACUGUUUUUGCCUUUAGGCUGGGCACUCUCAUCAAAUUCAAUAAGCCUGAAACACACCUCUGUGUAGGUGGUGUAACAAAUACCUGGAUCAUACCAACUGACUCCAGUCAAAGGGGCAACCUGAAUGCUAAGCGAUAACUUCUGCCAAAGACUCAUGGCCCAAGUAGUGUAUUCUCCACUGGCAUUUUCAGCCGGUAGUAAAGUCCCCACUGAUACACACUAAUGCAUAAUAUUCCUGAAUGAACAAACCUGAAUACUUCUUUGGUCAGCAUCUUAACUUCUUAUAAGAACUUUGCUAUGAACCAAAGAAUAUUCCAUUCAUACGGUGAACGAACAAGUUUAUUUUAGGAAAUAUAUGGAAUGAUGAGAAAAGAAAGAUAUUGAGGGAACCAUUUUAUCCACCGGUAUUAAUUGGCAAUAUCUCUGCAUAUCAAGUUAAAUAGAAACAUAGUCAUGAGUCAGUCCAUAUCAUUAUACACGUAUCGGACCCCUUAUCCGGAAACCCAUUAUAGAAGACCUGUGGCCAAAGCAUGGGGAUCUGCCUUCCCUGACCCAGAAAAAAAUCCAAUCUGCCCUGUAAUAUAAGACAAUGAGCUUCUUGGACUCUCUAGUAUGCUGUUAAAUGCAUAAAUGUAAUAAGCUAUGAGAAGAAGGUUUCUUGUGUCGUAGGGGCGUGUUUACUAAGAUUGGAGAUAAAUAUCUCCGGUGAUGUUGCCCAUAGCAGCCAAUCAGCAAUAAGAUUUGAACAGUCACCUACAAGGUAGAAAUCAAAGCAAAGACCUAAUUGGUUGCUACAGGCAACAUCACCGGUGAUAUUUAUCUCCAUUCUUAGUAAACACACCCCGUAGUGUCUAAAGAAGUGUCACUGGAAUUAGGUUCUCAACCUCAAGUAGUAAAAAAUGAAGGGAUUGUGAAUUUCCAUGCCAACAGCAGUAAAAAAAUGGUUUAAUAGUACAAAUGAGUGGCCAAUCACUACUUGAGUUCAAGCAUUUGCUGUGUGAUGAUAUUUUAUAGGUACAUGCAGUAUCUGGAUUAUUUGCUUUCAAUGAAAGCUGCAACUGAAAAUUGCCAUAUUGAUUUGCAAUUUGUACAGAUCAUUUUUGUACUUUGUGUUUAAAUAUGUUUAUUUUUCUAAAAAAUAAAUUUGUUCAAAAUCA